AGCUUCCUCCACUUCACUCUGCUCAUCUCCUGGGUAAGUGCAGCUCUCAGAGGCUUCUCAGGGCUCUCUCCCAGCCUCCAAUCCUUACAUCUCUCCCCAACCCUUUCCUCACUCUGGGUGCUCUUUGCAGGACUCCUUGCUUGUGUGGAAGAUGUCCUGCUCCAGCCUGUGUGCCCCUGCAUGUGGCGUGGCCACUCCAACCCCACUGGCUGACAGCUGCAACGAGCCCUGCGUGCGCCAGUGUCCCGACUCCACUGUGGUGAUCCAACCCCCGGCCACCGUGGUCACCUUCCCCGGGCCCAUCCUCAGCUCCUCCCCACAGUACGCUGCAGUUGGUUCAGCAGGAGUUCCCACUGUCGGAUCGGGCAUGGGUGGCACCUUUGGACGCAGUGCCGGUUUUGGUGGCUAUGGAGGCCUGGGAGGCUAUGGAGGCUAUGGAGGCCUUGGUGGCUAUGGGGGCUAUGGAGGCUUUGGCAGCUGCGGAUAUGGUGGCUUUGGCCGAGGCUACAGAUCCCUUGGGGGCAGCUGUGGGCCCUGCUAAGCACAGCACUGCCUCUGUCCACAUUCGAAGAAGAGCUCUGGAGAAGCCCCAGCACAUCCCUGCCCGAUGCCGUGAGGAAGGGCUCCCCUUCAGUACUUCUGGGCUCUGGAGAUUGGAUACCUCGUACCUGCACAGAGACCAGCACUGUCUUCCUCUGCUCCGUUUGAUCUUUGCUUCAGGACUCACUGCCCUGUGAUGAUGCAGCCCAGCGCUGAUUGCCUGCUCCUGUCUUUCUGCCCUGUGCAAGGAGAUAGGGACAGCCUCUAGCCAGGGACUGUCCUUCUGGCACCUCCCUCCCCCCCAUACCUGCAAUAAAAG